GGAAAAUAAAAGAAGGGUAAGACUACGAAACCAAAACAAAAGGAACACUAUAAAUAGAUGCAGCUGAUGCUGGGAUUUUCUACUAUUCGCCUGACUGGAGCAGAUAACUAUAGCUAGUAGUCUAGUGCAUUUUUCUGGGAUUCUCAAGCCUGCCACGAAGAAGAAGAAGAAGAAUAAAACAAGUCAACAUGGGCAUCCAUGGAAGCCUCAGCUCAGACCAGCUUAACAUCUUCAAUACCCAAGGGUACUUGGUGAUGGAAUCAUUUUCAAGCCCAGAGGAGAUAGAAUCCAUGAGGAAAAGAAUGGAUGAUUUGCUUGAUGAAUUUGACCCUUCUACAACUUCCACUAUUUUUUCCACCAAAACCCACCAACAUGCUACAAAUGACUACUUCUUUGAAAGUGCUGAGAAGAUUUCAUUCUUCUUUGAAGAGAAAGCAUUUGAUGAGGAUGGUAACUUGAAGCAACCGAAGAAACUCUCAAUCAACAAAGUUGGACAUGCCUUAGAUGAGCUUGAUCCGGUAUUUAAGAAGUUCUCUAGGUCAGAUAAGCUGUCUGGGUUGUUGCUUUCAUUGGGUUACAAAAAACCAGUUAUUAUCCAAUCCAUGUACAUCUUUAAGCAACCAGGUAUUGGAGGUGAAGUAGUGCCGCACCAGGAUAACUCCUUCCUCUAUACUGAACCAUCAACUUGCACAGGGCUGUGGCUUGCUUUAGAAGAUGCAACACUCGUAAAUGGUUGCCUUUGGGCCAUUCCUGGAUCCCAUAAAAAUGGCCUUGUGAGGAGAUUCACUAGAGAUGAGAAUGGUGUACAUUUUGAUAAGCCAUCUCCAUCCUAUGACCAAAAAGAUUUUGUUCCUGUUGAAGUGAAAGCAGGGUCUUUGGUAGUCAUUCAUGGAGAUCUUAUCCACCAAAGUUUUGAGAAUCGGUCAUCACAAUCAAGACAUGCUUACAGUUUACAUGUGGUGGAUACUGAUGGUUGCAGAUGGGCACAAGAUAAUUGGAUAAGGAGAAAAGUAGAUCCAGAGCCCAUUUAUGGAUGAUGGAUUUUGGCCUGACUGAACAUAUUUGCAGUUUGCAUAAUAAUCUGAAGCCGGCCUGUGUAUUAUUAGUUGUAACCUCGUUUAGUGCUCCCAUGGAUGUAAGAUGGAGUCAUUUCUUGCACAAUGCGAACUACACUUGACUUUGGUUGAUUGUCUGAUCUACAAUAGAAGAACUUUUUUGGAACAGGACUCUCUGCAAUUGCACCAUAUAAUUAAUGAUCCGGAUGGAAUAAUCUGAAUUUGAGUGGAUGGAGUUAAUUGUCCAAAACUACCUUCUGUGAGUAAAGAAAUUUGUUGUAUUUUUUGUA